UGCCCAAGCCACCGGCAGCACAUGGACCGGGCGAGGGUUCACACGCCGCCGGAACUGUGGGACCAGAUCAGUGACCCUUGCGCGGAGCAGAUCGGUGCCAGGCUCUCGGGAGCCGUGGAGGCUCUCGGCCCGGUGCGCCGGGCCUCGCGGUCCCCUAGCCCGGUGCCGCCCGGGGUGGUGGAGUCGGGCGAUUCCUCUGCAAGCCCAAAGGAAAAGCAGAAGAGGAAGAAGAAGAAGAAGAAGCGCCGCAGCAGUUCCGAGCCGGGGGCAGAGGAGAUUCUUCCUGCGGACGAGGUGUCCACAAUGCGGGCGCGCCGCACUCCUUGCAAGUACGGAGAGGGCUGCUACCGGAGGAACCCAGAGCACCGCUCCAGGUUUAGCCACCCGGGAGAUGACGAUUAUCCAGGCGACCCGGCGGCGGAGGUACGCGAGGUUGACGUCGGGCGUGCAGCGUCGUCGGACCCACGCACAAGGACUUUCGACGAGGACCGUCGCACGCGGACUGUGCGCUUCGACUCCCGCUUCGACUCACCCAGAUCCCCCUCAAGGACUGUUUCGCUGGGCGAAGACAGCGCUGAGCCAGCCGCGACGCCGGAGCGGUCUGUCUCGGAUCCGCGAAUCGUGAGCGUGCCCAUGGCAGAGCCGGAAGUUGAGAUCGGAGGCGCUACGAACGCUGCCAGCUGGGUGGUUUCUGAUGGGCACUCUGUGGAGGGCGCGCCCGUGACCCCGGGGCCCGCGCGUACGAGCUGCCGCUACGGCGCGGGCUGCCACAACUUCAGAGAUGCGCACCGGGCGAGGUUUGCGCAUCCCGGAGACCCAGACCACCCAGACACGGUGACCAUGCCGCUACGAGGGGACUCGGCGACAGUUGAGCCGGCUGAGCCUGACCCGAACACGGACUCUGACGAGGACAAAGCUGCGGUGGACUUCCCUCAUCGCAAGGCGGGAUUCAACCGGCACCUGGCUAUUCUGCUGGCGAAAGCGAGCUGCCUACUGUGCGCCCUCGUCACGGUUAUGGUUAUGUGCAUCUUCACCUUCAAUAGCCUGCACAUCCUCAACGAGGACCAACAGCUGGUGGCGAAGUAUUGGUGGGGCGAGAAGAUCACG